UUGAAAUGAGUUACGGAAGACAUAGUUCAAAAGUUUCUAACUAUAUAGAUUUUUAAUUGACAAAGUUGAUAAUACAUAAUAAAAUAGGUACCUAGGUAUAGUAAUAUAUAAAAGAAGUCACGGAAAACGUUUAGAAAAAGUAACUAAUAAAUGAGGUUAACAAAUAUAAUAUAAAUCAACACAUUUUGGGUUGUAAAACAUUUCUAUUUCAAACUUUCAAUAUAUGAUUAGUUAACAGUUGUGACGGAUAAAGUACUAAACAUAUAUUUUCAAUGUUAACAAUGAAAUAUACAAUUGUAAGAAAUGAACAAUAUAAUUGAUAGGUGAACAAUUAUUGUUAAAUCGAAAAAUGAAUAAUGUACUUUACAAAACUAAAGUAGACAUAGAAGUAUUGUAAUAUCUACAAAUGACGAGAACGUUGGCCUUGAUGAAAUUGUCCACUUGAUCUGAGGCUGCUUGAUUGUUUUCCUGCCAUGAUAUUGUUACGUCCGGGCUGGUCACCCGGUGUAACGGAGUCGAUCGCCUCAGCUGACAGUCAGCUGCGUGAGAAGACGCCGAUCUCCGAGCGACGAAGUCUCCGAGCGACGGAUAAUAAACAAGGGAGAAGAUCGAGUUGAAGCUCAGCUGCUAUCCCAGCUGGACGUGUCGCGAGCUGCUCUGAUUGCUUUAUAAAUACAUCGCUUAUCCGUAGAAUAAAGUCCUGUUCUUUUCUAAUAACGCGAGUGUUAUUUCCGCGAGCGCGCGAGUGAAAGAGAGGGAGUAGUGAAGCGUGUGUGGAGCCGAGGCUGACCGGAUACGUAACAAUAUUUCCUCUUGAUGAUAUUAUGUGCGAGGAAAAUUCACACUUCGACAGUGAAAUGGAGAUAUUCUCUCCGACUCACAGUUACGUAGAAUGCAAUGAUGAUAUGCAAUGUGAUAGAUAUUUAUAUCCAGAAAAGACUUAUGAUACUCAGAAAAAUAUGGAAGGUGAAAAAGAAUUUAUGAGUGAAGUACCUGAGCAAGAUGAGAAUACCAGCUAUAUUGACGUAUGUGGAACUAUUCAAGAUUUUACUGAACUACUUAUUAGCGAAGUUCAGAAACGUCCUGCAUUGUACAAUAUCAAAUCAUCAAUCCAAAGCAGGAGUCGAGUUAUUGUUAAUCAAAUGUGGCAAGAGAUUUUUGAAAUUUUUGAAGGCCAGAUACCAGUCGAAGAAUUAAAAAGAAGCUGGAAAAUUCAACGUGAUCGAUAUAUGAGGAUUCGAAGUGAUAUGAAAAAAAAACCACGCAGUGGAUCAUCUGCGGCAACCAAAAAACAUCCAAACUAUAAAUAUUAUAAAUUAAUAUCAUUUUUAGAUGAUAGUAUGGAACAGCGAAAAACACGUCCGACGAUCUUCCACCAUUGAAGAUGAAUUAUUACGUGGACUUGCAAUAUUAAAAGAACCAACACCACCUGCAGCAACAGACUCGAUAGAUCUAUUUUGUCGCAGCAUUGCAGAUACUUUACGGAAGCUAGAUCUGAAAAGCAGAUUAUCAGCUGAAAUGGAAAUAAUACAGUUACUCCAUGAUAAGUUUUAAAAGAUUCAAAAAUAUAUUGUUUUUAUUAUAAUAAUAUUAAGAAAUAUAUAGCAAUAUUAUUAAUAUUAAAAAAAGAAUUUUUAGUUUUCGUUAUGUGAUUAAAGAAUUUAUUAUGUGUUUAGUUUAUAACUAUAACAAAUGUACUUAAUUGUUGAAUAUUACAUUUUAUUUUAUUUUAUUAGUUUAAUAGACGAAAAAAUAUGUUCCUUUUUUUAAGAUUAUGAUAUUUAUUUUAGAACGUUUAGUACAGAUAAAAAUGUUAUACAAAAUACUCUUAUUCUUUUACAUUCAGUUUUGCACAUGGAUACAUACAUUACCUACAUACAUGAGUUUAUUAAUAAAACAAUGUUUUCUUAACAUGUACAUGUUUUUUUAAAUAAAGUCAUGUUUAUGUUACAUGUUAUUAUUC